GGGAGAUGCCAGAAGCAUCACACGACGUUUAGCGGUUCGUCAACUAGUCAGAAUCCACAAUGACUCCUCUAACUCUCUACGUCAGCCCUUUGAGCGCUCCAUGCCGCUUGGUACGUCUAGUGGCUGGUAUUGUUGGAGUUGACUUGAAAAUAGUGAACGUAAACGAUCUUGCUAAGGACCUGAAGACGCCUGAGAUGUUGAAGAAAAACCCACAACACACUGUGCCGACGCUGGAGGAUAAUGGCGUGUACAUUGCUGAGAGCCGCGCCAUAGCCAUGUACCUUAUUUCUAAGUACGGAAAGAACGAUGCUCUCUACCCGAAAGAUGUCAACAGACGGGUCCUCGUCGACCAGAGACUGUUUUUUGACCAAGACUUCUACAACAGGAUUGCCACAAAGCGUUGCGAGCGGUCCCCGCCGGAAGACGACCAGACUGAGCGCCCAGUGGGGCCAGAGUGA